AUGGUUGUAGACUUCGCUGAUUACAGCAAAUGGGUGGCGCUUGAAGGUCCAACCAAUGCUCUGACGGCAAUCCGGGUGUGGUACACCUACGUGGCUCAUAUGAUCAACAUCCGCUACCAAACAAUCGUUGACCCUUCUAUACAGAUCAGGACAACUGUCACAGUUCUCAAAGUUUUAACGAGCAUCAAAGAGGACAGUUUCAUCAGGAAUUUGGUGAACUCGUAUGGUGUAUUUGAUCAGACCAAGGGACUUAACUCGUUCAUUGCGUGGAUACCGUACCAGGUUGAUAUUCCACUCAGCGACCACUACAUGCUGUUCACGGGUUUCGAUGUAUCAAACCACAUGGGCGUGGCACUUGUGGGUAAGGUCUGCACCAAUCAGGCAGUUUCUAUCAUAGAGAACUCGUUUGACGGGGGACUGGGGAUCUUAGCUGCUCAUGAGCUGGGACACAGCCUGUCUGCUCAGCACGACGGCCUGACAGCCUGCAGCGACGCCGACAUGUACAUCAUGGCCACCUACUACAGAAAUCUGAUUCCAGCCUCACAGGAGGGAAACUUUUGGAGAUUUUCUCCAUGUUCCAUCAGCGCUUUUAAAUAUUAUCUGAAUGGGAAAACGUGCACAUUACCAGAAUACACGUCAUCAAACGAUGUCCUACCAAGUCCUGGACCAGGACAAAGGGCAGGAGAGGUCUUUAGCCGAGACAAACAAUGUCAACGUGCCAUGAGAAACUCAACCAGCACCUACUGUCCUCUCCAGCAGUGGAGGGUGGGUGGGGAGGCGGUGAUGUGUAGCGGCAUGAUGUGUAGUGUCCCGUCCAACACAUCCAGCUGUGUGUCCAUCUUGCCUCUAGAGUACACACCGUGUGGACUGGACAAGUGGUGUCACCUAGGCCGCUGUGUUGACGUAAAUCAGACAAAUAGUUUAUACACUACCACACCCACGACAACCACACAGAUCACUACAACAACACCAACAACAACCACACGUAUCACUACAACAACACCAAAACCAACUUCGACAACACCCACGACAACACCCACCACAACGGCAGCAACCACACGUACCACAACAACAACACCAACAACAACCACACGUACCACUACACCAACACCCGCAACAAUCACACGUACCACAACAACAACACCCGCAACAACCACACGUACCACUACAACAACACCAACAACACCCGCAACAACCACACGUACCACUACAACAACACCAACAACACCCGCAACAACCACACGUACCACUACAACAACACCAACAACACCCGCAACAACCACACGUACCACUACAACAACACCAACAACACCCGCAACAACCACACGUACCACUACAACAACACCAACAACACCCGCAACAACCACACGUACCACUACAACAACACCAACAACACCCGCAACAACCACACAUACCACUACAACAACACCAACAACACCCGCAACAACCACACGUACCACUACAACAACACCAACAACACCCGCAACAACCACACGUACCACUACAACAACACCAACAACACCCGCAACAACCACACGUACCACUACAACAACACCAACAACACCCGCAACAACCACACGUACCACUACAACAACACCAACAACACCCGCAACAACCACACGUACCACUACAACAACACCAACAACACCCGCAACAACCACACGUACCACUACAACAACACCAACAACACCCGCAACAACCACACGUACCACUACAACAACACCAACAACACCCGCAACAACCACACGUACCACUACAACAACACCAACAACACCCGCAACAACCACACGUACCACUACAACAACACCAACAACACCCGCAACAACCACACGUACCACUACAACAACACCAACAACACCCGCAACAACCACACGUACCACUACAACAACACCAACAACACCAACAACAACCUCACGCACCACUACAGCAACACCGACAACCACACGUACCACUACAACAACACCAACAACACCAACAACAACCACACGUACUACUACAGCAACACCAACACCAACUACGACAACAACACCCACGACAACACCCACCACAACGGCAACAACCACACGUAUCACAGCAACACCAACAGCAGCCACACGCACCACUACAACAACACCAACACCGACUACACCCCUAUUGUCACAACAGCAACCACGACGAUAUUGA